AAUGUACUACAUCAAAUUUGUCAUGGUAGAUAAAUUUAAUAUAAAUUAUGAUGUGCUAGAGGUAUUCAGGGUAAUUUUAAAUCGCAUGCUAUCGAUGUAUUACUAUAUAAUAGGUUUUUCUACAAAAGGCAUUUGGUUCACAUCAAUUACUAUAAAUGCAUUGAUUGAACGAAAAAUAUCACCUAGAGAAGUUAACUUUUAUUAUAUCUCAAAUAUUUUCGACUUUUGUAAAAUAUGCUUUUACAAAAAUAAUUUAAAAAAUUUUCCUAGAACAUAUAAAGAUUAUCCUGAUCUUAAUACAAUAUACGAAAUAUCAAAACAAUUAAAAUUGUAUUCCAAUUCUUAUCCUGAGACGUUUAAUGAAAUUUAUCAGUAUGAAGACGUAUUAAAUAUUUAUAGCUUUUUUUGGAAUAAUACUGAUGGUUAUAAGAAAUUCAUUCCUCCCAAAAGAAUAUUUCCAAUGUAUAAUGAAACUUAUAUAUCAGAGACAUAUAAGAGCGUGUGCAAAAACUGGAAAAGAAAAUAUUUUGAAUUGUGGUUAUAUACUGACGUUAUAAAGAAAAAUUUGUUACUAGUAACUUAUUAUUAUUUGACUCUACAUAGUACUUAUCUAGUAAAUUGCUUUUCAAAAGAUUUUAACAGAGAAGAUUUUUUGAAUUUAUUUAAAAUCCCAUUAAACAUAAUAACUGAAAUAGGUGUAUUUUCAGACCAAUUGUUUAGAAAACCAUUCAUAGGUUUCGUAGAUGACAUGAAAAAUGAUAAAAUAAUUAACCAGGAAACAUUAAUAAUGUAUACCAGUAGAGUCAUAAAAUCUUUCAACAUACAAGCACAUACUUUGAAAAUUGCUUAUCUUAAUUAUAAUGACUUAAUAAAUAACAAUUCAACAAAACAUCCAUUUGACCAUUUAAAAGUAGAAGAGCAGUUGAAUCGAUGAUUGCAAAAACGACACGAGUCACAUUUUUUGUGAAAUUUAGAUAUUAGCAAAAACACAUGCUAGUCAUCUAUUUUUAUGUGUUGAGUGGAAAAACCGCUUCAGUCAUAACGUUUUUACCCAUUGGAUUACUAUUUAAAGAUAUGGUUGAGAGCAAAAACGUCUUUAGUCAUUGACUUGUGUCGUUUCUACACUCAACAGUAAAUAAACGCUUACACGUGUCUAUUUUUAAAUCAGUAAUUUUAUGAUUGAAUAGGACCUAAAUAUUUAAUUACAUAAAUAGAUUACAAAAAAAUUAUUUUCUCAUUUCGUAGGUAGAUAUUUCAAUGUUCAGUUUAGUUAGGUUGUUCUACAGUGAUACGUCUUUAAGUACAUUAUUUUUAGUGAAUUCGUAAUUAUUUAAUUAUGGAGAAUAGUACACCAAUUCGUAAGAGAGGUAUUAGAAAUGAAUCAUCUUAUUCGAGAAAUGUUAUUAAAACUGCUAAAAUUGAAGGCAAGGAACAUAUCAAUUAUAAAAAUAAAUUAAUCCCAGCUAAGAAAAUAGCUGAAACACUAUGCAACUGUUCAAUGAAAUGUAAUUUAAGUGAAAUUGAUAAGAAAUUCGUAUUUGGACAUUUUUAUAAAAUUCCCAGUAAAAAUGAACAGGAUUUAUUUCUUCAAGGGUUAAUAAUAAAAGAACAUUGUAAAACUCAUAGACCUCGCAAUGAAAAUGCAAUUUUAUUAGAACACAGUUUUAAGUAUUAUUGUUUGUUGGGAUCUGAUCGGAAAAAAGUGUGCAAAAGUGCGUUUCUCAAAAUAUAUGGUGUAACGGAAAGACGUGUACGAACUAUUAGAGAAAAUCUUGUAAAAGGAUUGACGCCUAAUGAUAAAAGAGGAAAAUCAAAAAGCAACAAUGCUAUCCAACCUUCUGAGUUGAAACUUAUGUAUGAUCAUAUAUCUAGUUUUCCUGUAAAGCAAAGUCAUUAUUCAGGAAAAGAAUUUUGUUAUUUAAGUUGUGACUUAACUGUUAAAAAAAUGCAUGAAUGUUUUUUAACCAAAUAUCCUACUUCGAAUAUUAAAUAUGAAUAUUACAAUAAAUACUUUAGAGAGAAUUUCAAUUUAUCUUUUGGUAGACCACAAGUCGACACAUGCUGUAAAUGUGAAGAUUUAUCCAACAAAAUAAAAAAUAAAUCUUUAAACGAAACUGCAAAAAAAACUGCUAUUGCAGAAAUGAUAGUUCAUAAACGUCAAGCCAAACAGUUUUAUACUAUACAGAAAAAUUCUAGGGAUGAAUGUAAAAUACGUAAUGAUCUUUUAUGCCUCACAUUUGAUUACAUGCAAAACUUACAACUCCCUAAAAUACCCGUACAAGAUCUUUUUUACCUUCGCCAGCUUACAAUUAAUUUGUUUGGAAUUCAUAAUAUGAAAUCAGAAGAUUCAAUGUUUUUUUUAUAUCACGAAGGCGAAGCGUAUAAAGGUCCUAAUGAAGUGUGUACAUUUUUGCUUACAUAUAUUCAACAAUGUGUUCCAUCAGAAGUGAAAGAAUUAAGGUUAUUUUCUGACAAUUGUCCUGGACAAAAUAAAAAUAAUACUGUUGUGCGAUUUUGUCAAGCUUUAGUUGAUACGGGUCGGUUCGAAGUAGUAGAACAUUAUUUUCCUAUACGAGGGCAUUCUUUCUUAGAUUGUGAUAGAGAUUUUGGUGUGAUAAAACGUACUUUAAGAAAAAUUGAUAGAAUUUAUACAUUACGUGAAUAUCUCAAGUUAAUUAUUCAGUCUAGUAAUAAAAACAAGUUCAAAGUCCAACUUAUAACACAUUCAGACAUUUUUGAUUUUAAAUCAUGGUGGAAUAAAUAUUAUAAGAAAACAUGCAAUUCGGUAGAAUCUUCAAAAAGAUCAGUUCCACGUGACAAAAAAGUAUGUUUAAAUGUAUCAUUUUUUCACCACUACAUUUAUAAGAGGGGAAUGGUAACAACUAGUGAAAUUAUUAAAAGCACCAAUCAACAUACUUUCUGGUUAACACUACCCGGAACAAAUCAAAUUGAACUACCAAAAGAAAAUUAUAAAGAUAUUUUACCAAUAAAUUCAAAUAAAAUGAAAGAUAUAAAAAAAUCAGCAUCUUACAUAGCUCCUUCUAAAAUAAAUAAUUCGUUUUGGAAUGAAGUUUUGAACUGGCCAAUAAUUGAAAAAUAAAUUCAGAGUUUAUGGAAAAUUAUAAAAUAAUUUUUUAUGUAUCAAUAAUUUAUUAAUUAAUUAUUGUGAUAAUGUGACUAAAAUAAAGUAAUUUUCUAUGUAUUAAUAAUUUAUUAAUUUAAUAUUGUGAUAAUGUGAACUUAUAAUCUAAAAUAAAGUAAUUUUCUAUACAUUAAAACAUUUUUUUGUUUGGUAUAUUUACAUUGAAUGGA